AUGCACGACACUAGUGCUGAGGAUGGUGAUGGUCUGGAGAAUGAGAAUGAGAAUGAUAAUGAUAAUGAGAAUGAGGUUGAGAUGGGUUCUGAGGAUGGUGAUGGUGAGCCAAAUGGUGAGUCUGAGGAUGGUGAUAGUGAGCAGGAUGGUGAUGGUCAUGAUGCUGAGCAGGAUGGAGAGUCUGAGGAUGGAGAUGGAACAGAGGGUGUGUGGUAUCCUGGAGGUCCCUUUGACUUGUCUCUGUUGCCUAAGUUUGGGCAGCACAAAACACAUGACGUUAGGAAGUCAUAUGUGCGAUCUGACUUCAAAUGUAGGGACCCAUUGAAGAUCCAUUAUCAUGGAAAACACUUCUUUCCCGUAAGAUUCUACUCUGACAAUGUGAAGGCACUUGUUGCAGCUGCAGGGUUGUUACACCUUCUGUAUAGUUGUAAUGGCGGCUCAGUUGACCUUAGCAUUGUGACCGCCUUUGUUGAGCGAUGGAUGCCAAAGACGUCCUUAUUUCAUAUGCCGUGGGGCGAGAUGACGAUCACUCUAGAUGACGUCUCAGCUCUAUUGCACAUCCCUGUGGAGGGGUCCUUUUUCUCAUUGGGCAGGCCGACUAAGGAAGAGGUUGCCCCUGUGGUUGUUGAUUUGCUGGGGGUGACAAUUCAGGAGGUUGAGGAUGAGUUUCGGAGGUGUAGAGGUCCUAGUCUUCAUUAUGCUUGGCUUCUAGCUCUUGUGAAGGACUGUGUGAAGGAAGCGAAAUGGACAGAAGCAGCUCGAGCUUACCUCUUACGCUUGGUUGGCAUGACUCUCUUUUGUGAUAAGAGUAACAUGUCUGUAAGUGUUGCCUAUCUUGAGCUUUUCAGGGAUAUUAGCUUGGCUGGUCAGUAUGCAUAG